AAUUUUAGUCAUAGUGCUUCCCCGGAAAUUUAUAUAGACAUAUACAGAUAAUAGUGAAAAAUUGCACAUUAUAUUAUGAGUUCAAUAUCUAUAUCAAUCGAGUAUUUAAAAAGUAGUAUAGAUGAAUAUGACUUUAAAAAGCAGAAGAAACCAAUUAUCAUAGGAUUAUCUGGUCCUCAAGGUUCGGGGAAAUCAUAUUUGGCUGAACAUCUCACUAAGCAAUUGCAAACUACUUAUGAACACCUUAAUUUUGUACAAUUUCUGAUGGAUGACUUAUAUCUUAAACAUGUAGAUCAAGUUAAAUUGAAUGAUUCUGAUAAUCUUUUACUUCGAGGUAGAGGUUUACCAGGAACUCAUGAUAUUAAUAUUGGGGUAAAGAUAUUUGAUCAAUUAAUUAAUUCGCAUAAUAAUAAUGAAGAUUUUCCUAUAAUAAUACCUACUUAUGAUAAAUCUGCUUUUAAUGGUGAAGGAGAUAGAUUUGAUUCAUCCAAUUGGAAAAUAAUUGAUAAACCAGUAGAUGUAAUAAUCUUUGAAGGAUGGUUUAAUGGAUUUGAACCUCUCGAUGAAGAUCAAUUGAGAUUAAGCUACUUAACAUCAGAACCUAGUGGAAUAGUUCAACAUCACAAAUUAUAUCAUUUGGAACAGAUUAAUGAAUCAUUGAAACAAUACCAAGCCAUAUGGAAAUUAUUUGACAAAUUCAUCUUCAUUCAUACCACUGAUAUUAAUAAUGUCUAUACUUGGAGAAUUCAACAAGAACAUGCAUUGAUUAAAUUAACAGGAAGAGGAAUGACUGAUGAUAAAAUUGUAAAGUUUGUGGAUAGAUAUAUGCCAAUGUAUCAUUUAUAUUAUGAAAGAAUGUGCGAUAAGGGUGUAGUGAAAACUACGGGUAAUAAUUUAAGAUUGAGUAUUGAUAUUGAGAGGAAUAUUACUAAGAGUACCAUAAUUUAAGGCUAAUAUAAUUAACCUAUGAAAUAAUAGUUUAUAAAUCUUGGAAGUAUUUGACAAUCUCUGUUAUUUAGUAUGUCUUUAACGUGUGAUAUUUAACUAGAAGUCCUUAUUUAGAUAUAUAGCAAAACCUACAAAAUUAUAAAAUUCAAACAUUGUAUUUCCCUAUUAGACCAAGACGCCUGUACGAUAUUGAAAUAAAGU